AUGCCAGCCAACGCCGGUCAGCGAUGCUCACAUGCCAGGAAGUUGUACCUCUAUUUCCUUCUCCAUCUCCCUCACACACGUGUGUUCCCCCCACUUCCCCUAACCCUCCCCCCCCCCACACACACAUGCGUCUAUGUUCUUCUCCAGUUCUCGCUCCUGCAUUCACCCGCCUUCGCCGUCGGACUCCCCUUUCUCGAAUCCUCUACAGCCGCUAAAAUGACGGACAAAAGCGUCUAUGGCGGUCUCUUUCAAGACCCGCCGUACCUGUCCUCCGACCCGGAUCCGAAAAAGACGGACCCCUACGACAAGAAGGAUGCCAUCCCGUCAAGGUACUUGGGCAAGAACAUGACGAUCGGCGGCCGUGUGCCGCCUGGCCAGCACCCUGACGCCUACUUCGACAAGAGGUUCCUCACCCUCGCCUCCUCGGAGCAGAACGGAGGUAAGCCGGUGGACUACGACGAGAGCAAGCAGCGCACCGCCGCCUCCAGGACAAACACCAAGAACGCCAUCUCUGACAAAGAGUUCUGCUACUCAUCGUACCCGGAGAAGAGCACUGGCCCCGGUAGCUACUACGGAUGCUUUCAGAAUCGCCCGUACGAAUACAUGACGGAGCCGUGGGAUGAUGGUAAGUCCAAGAAGAAGAAGAGGGCACCGAAGCCGAAGGAGGAGGAGCCGACGCACUUGCCUAACAUCAAGACGAACCCCGCCAAGAAGGGCACGUAUGGCUACCCCGGACUGCUGCUGAGCAACCCCUCUUACAACGACGACUGGAAGAAGGACUACGCCGCAGCAGAGGCAAACAGGGCACGCAGGGAGCGUAAGCAGGGCCCCGCACCAAAGGCACUAGGGCCACCGUUUCACAUUCCUGGUGUGAGCCACUCCUACAUCGACGAGAUGCCGAAUACGGGCGUGUCCGCGGUGUAUGCGGCCUACGAGGCCCCGGCGGAUAGCGCUGCUGAGAAGCGCAAGGCCAAGAGGGAAGCUGCGGCUGCUCCUACCCUAGUCCAUGAGCGUGCGUUCUACGGGUCUGCCAACCGGUCCGGCGAGCCGGGUUGCCUGAACCCGUUCCCCAACUUGUGGGUGCACCCGGAUGAGACGCAGCCGUCGAAGAUCGCGCUGCGCAAACAGGCGCAGAAGGAGAAGGAGGAGGCGGCUCGGCAGCCCAAAAGAACCGAAGUGUGGAGGCCGAACUCCUUCGGGAAGACGUCUGUAGUGUCCUCGUGCCUUCGCAGGUUCUACUGA